GGAGACAGAUGAGAGAUUUGGGGGAUGGGUCAUUGCAAAGAGAAGAGAGGACACAGAGGAAACUGAAAAGAGAAGAGGACAAAUAAAGGCCUGUAUAGCAGAUAGCUGCUACAUUAUAUAGCACUGGGAUUGUAUUGCAGGAUUCAAAUAAAAAGAUAAUCAUGACGAGUCAAUCACAGGGAAUCCAGCAGCUGCUGCAGGCAGAGAAGAGAGCGGCUGAGAGAGUGUCUGAGGCCAGAAAACGAAAAGCACGCAGACUGAAGCAAGCCAAGGAAGAAGCGCAAGGGGAGAUCGAGCAAUAUCGCUUGGAGAGAGAGAGGGAGUUUCAGAUGCAGCAACGCACUGCCUUGGGCACACAAGGAAACCUUUCUUCUGAAGUGGAAGCUCGGACUCGCCAAACACUGCAGAUGGUCCAAAGCAGCCAUGGCAAGAACAAAGAAGCGGUCCUCCGGCGGUUAUUGGGCCUGGUGUGCAACGUAAAGGCCGAACUUCAUCCCAACUACCGUUUCGCUGGCAACUGAGCUUCAAUUUUUUCCUUGCGUCUACCUUUCCCUCAUUUGUUCAUUUGAAGUAUCUGUGUCUGUAUUGUAUAUUAUCUAUGGAUUGUAACCCUUAUUUGGUGGAACAUUUACUGUGAUUCAUGGGAAGCAGCAGAGCUAUCACUAUUGCUUGCACCCACAAUCCCUUGUGCUGCUAAAACUGUCUCUGUAAAUGCGAAUAAGUAUAUUAAAAUGUGACUCAAAUAAAGGAACAAAUCAUUCUGUGA